GGCUCAGUGACUGUAAAAAGGAGGUUCGCAUUCCUUGGCACGCAGCGAUUACUGUGAGUGAAAUGGUGGCACACAACGACGCAGAUUUGCUUGUUCUAUGUGCGAUUCAAUGGCCACCACAUCCUUCGCCUCCACCUCUGUUGCCAUCAAUAGCCGCUGUUGCUGUUGUACCACUUGCACACCCAUCGGUUUCCUUUGUGUUUCCACUCCGCCGCCCCCGCCGCCCCCUCACCAAUUUCUGCUGCAGAGUCUCCUAGACCCGCAUACUUGAUCCAACAAAAGUGCCGCAUCGCUGGAUUCAAAGACUGGUGAAGCAUACCAAUCAUAGUUUGGGUGCUUAUCAAAUAAACUAUAGAAUGGAAAGUGGAACGAGUAAAAGUAAGGUGAAGCGUCAUGUGGGUAAAUAUGAGCUCGGACGCACAAUUGGGGAAGGGACAUUUGCAAAAGUUAGGUUUGCAAAGAACAUUGAGACCGGGGAACCUGUUGCUAUCAAGAUCCUUGACAAAGAGAAGGUGUUGAAGCACAAGCUAGUAGAACAGAUUCAGCGGGAAAUUUCCACUAUGAAGUUAAUAAAGCAUCCUAAUGUUGUUCGAAUCUAUGAGGUGAUGGGGAGCAAAACAAAAAUUUUCAUUGUACUUGAAUUCGUUACAGGAGGAGAGCUGUUAGAUAAAAUAAUAAACCAUGGUAGGAUGAGGGAGAGCGAGGCCCGGAAAUAUUUCCAACAACUAAUUAAUGCUGUUGAUUAUUGUCAUAGCAGGGGAGUUUACCACCGUGAUCUGAAGGUACAUCAUAUACUGCUUGAGCCAGAGAACUUGUUACUUGAUGCUUAUGGGAACUUGAAAAUUUCAGACUUUGGCUUAAGUGCAUUAUCUCAGCAAGUCAGGGGUGAUGGCCUGCUUCAUACUGCCUGUGGUACUCCAAACUAUGUCGCUCCAGAGGUUCUAAAUGAUAGAGGUUAUGAUGGAGCAACUGCAGAUUUAUGGUCUUGUGGGGUCAUUCUAUUUGUACUGCUAGCAGGGUACUUGCCUUUUGAGGAUUCUAAUCUUAUAUCCUUGUACAAUAAAAUUUCUGCUGCUGAAUUUACAUUCCCAACCUGGUUUUCUUUGGAAGCCAAGAUCUUAUUGACAAGAAUCCUAGAUCCAAAUCCAAUGACACGUAUAACAGUUUCUGAGAUAUUGAAGAAUGAAUGGUUCAAGAAAGGCUAUAAACCCCCUGUGUUUGAGGAGACAUAUGAAGCAAAUUUGGAUGAUGUGCACGCUGUUUUCAUGGAUUCUGAAGAACACCAUGUAAAAGAAAAAGAAGAGAAACCAACAAUGAUGAAUGCCUUUGAACUGAUCUCCAUGUCGAAGGGGCUAGAUCUUGGCAAUUUGUUCGAUGCAGAACAGGAAUUCAAAAGGGUAACAAGGUUCACAUCGACAUGCCCAGCCAAUGACAUUGUCAGUAAGAUUGAGGAAGCCGCAAAGCCACUUGGAUUUGAUGUUCAGAAAAAGAAUUACAAGAUGAAGCUGGAAAAUGCAAAAGCCGGGAGGAAAGGAAAUCUCAAAGUUGCUACUGAGGUAUUUCAAGUGGCUCCAUCACUCCAUAUGGUAGAGGUACGAAAAGCUAAAGGCGACACUCUGGAAUUCCACAAGUUCUAUAAGAAUCUGUCUAACAGCCUCAAGGAGGUAGUUUGGAUAUCUGAGGAGGCAGCACAACAGGAAGAGCAAGAUGCUUGAAGCCUCAAUAACUCCAUAUAAUUCAGAUGAAUCUCAUUCUAGAGUGCUUGUUAUAUGAAUUUUCUCUAUUUUGCUUCUAUGUUUGCCCAUUUUAUUUGACAUCGGAGUGAGUUGUGAUUCCUUUAUUCUGUUUUUUUUUUGGAUAAAAUCCUUUAUUCUGUUAAGCCACUGAUCAUAUUUGUUUGUUUUCUGUUCCAAUUUUAUCAGAUGUCCAUGAAUCUAUAAGGUAUUUGCUAAA